GAGAAUUUGAAAUAAAUUGACACAAUGUAGCAAUACACUUGCUCUCUCUCCAUGAGACAAAGCUCAGAAGUCUUUUUACAUUCUACAAACUUAAAACGACAACGGCUUUUACUUCAUUACACACCUGUCUUCAAGGGAGUUUCUGAUUCUAUAGCGUAGAAUAGAACUAACUAGGUAAUGCAGGAAGCAGGAUGAGUUAUUUUCUAUCACGUACUCUAUUAAUACAUUACUACUCCUAACUCUACCCAUAACCACCAAUGUGACAGCGAUAAGAACCGCAUCACAAAAGUUAGCUGUCAUAGCUGGAGAGCCCAAGGCCCUAUAAGCCCCACACUAGAAUCCCAUACUUCCAAUUUGUGACUCAAGUUCCACACCUUGCAAUUGAAUCCUAACAUCUCACCACACUCUAUAGCCCGGGGGCCGGGCCCCAUGCGGGGCUGGCUAUGCACUAGCUCUUUUCGCUAGUUCCGGGCAAACACUGUAAUGCUGUUGUUACCACUUGCGUUGCUGAUUUGCGUCUGAGAGACAUGGUCGAAGACUAGUUACUAGAGUUAUAUAUCUAAUACUACAAGAUUUAGCUCUUCUAAAGUGAGAUGCAUAGAGUGAAAGAGCGACAAUGUGUUCAGGGUUGAUUUGAAUUAAAGCAUUUUGUAAGCAUAAUCCACUUACAUUACCAGUGGACAGGCCUUGCUUUAGAGGAGUCUAAUCCAAUAAUACUUGACUGCAAAUGUUAGUUAUCAGUUCCCAUCAACAUUGCGCCCAAAUUUUAAACCCUUGUCUUGGUUCUAUUUUGCCUGAACAUUGUCAUCUUUGCACUUGUUUGUAGUGGCUAUAUUAAGAAUUUCAGACAUGUUAGAUGUAGUGUUACUAACUUACUAUCAACACAAACUUGUGUGUGAAAUUAUUGGGAUAAAUUAAAUGAUAUUUUUAAGCGUAAAAAUGAAAUCAAUGAAUCUCCUACGGCCUUUGAUUCAAUUAACAGAGAAUUGAACUUUGAUUGUACAUGAGGGGAGAGACUGUCCUGUCAAAGUUGGCUCUUUUUGGCUUUUUCAGAAGAAGCAACAAAGACAGGAAGACCCCUUUGUGAAUCUAUAUUGGCCAUCAGCUUCAGCAACAAGGCAUCCAGAUAUGUGUGUUCAGGAGGAACUGGUCAAGUUGUAAGGAUAUGGGAUUUGCAAAGGAAACGCUGUAUUAAAUGGCUAAAGGGUCAUACUAAUACUGUCACAGGUGUAAUGUACAAUUGUAAGGAUGAACAUUUGGCAUCUAUCAGCCUUAGUGGUGACCUAAUGCUUCAUAACCUUGCUUCUGGGCAAAAGGCUGCGGAGCUCAAAGACCCCAAUCAACAGAUGUUGAGAGUUCUUGAUUAUUCUCGAGUUAGUCGUCACCUUCUUUUGACUGCUGGUGACGAUGGGACAGUACAUUUGUGGGAUACAACUGGUCGCAGCCCUAAGGUUUCAUGGAUAAAGCAGCAUUCUGCUCCAACUGCUGGUAUUAGCUUCUCUCCAUCCAAUGAUAAGAUCAUUGCUAGUGUUGGCCUUGAUAAAAAAAUGUACAUUUAUGAUUCUGGAUCUAGAAGACCAUCAUCUUACAUUUCUUAUGAAGCACCUUUCUCUUCGUUGGCAUUUAGAGAUGAUGGUUGGAUGCUGGCUGCUGGAACUAGCAAUGGCCGUGUGGCAUUCUAUGAUGUUCGUGGAAAACCACAACCUGUGGCUGUUCUUCACGCUUAUGGUAGUUCUGAGGCUGUUACAAGCUUAUGCUGGCAAAGGUCUAAACCAGUUGUUGUUGAUGAAAGAAAUUGCUCUGCAGAGACUGCUCUUGUGGGAGAUACAGUUGAAGAUUCAAUACUAAUGCCUGAUCCUUUACCUUCUGCAACUUCAUCAAACAAUUCUCUUUCUACAUCAGUGUCAAGUACUAGGAACUCUGGUCGGCUGGGUGCCUCCUUUGAUGGUUCUUCACUUACGGCAUCUGGCAGUGGUUUUACAUCCAACAUACUAAAUGUAUCUACUGCCGAAGAAACUCCACAACGAAACCAUUUAUGGCCAGGUGGAACCCUGUCCAGGUUGCAUGCUCCCCGUGCUAGUUAUAACUUCAAGGAUGACAUGGAGGUCUUCUCCCCUCUUGUGGAUGUUCAACCAUUAGCCCCCUCACUAUGGGAUGAAAAUGGGAUAAAGAAGGAUAAUUUAUUUGCCGAUAGGAAACCUUUGUUGUUUCCGUCAUCUAGUCGAAGAUUUUCAAAUUCUGAGGAUGUAACCAGUGAUCAUCCAGUAUCUGAUUGGAAAUCUGGCUCAACUGCCAAGCAGGAUAUUGCUCAGUCUUCCUUUCCACUUGUGGGGUCAACUCCUCCUCCAUCUUCAAAGAAUGAAGAUUCUUCUAUCACUCCUCCAGAAGCUUGGGGUGGUGAGCGGUUAAGUGAUAAAUAUGCUUAUACACGUCAGCCUGUCAAUGCACCAUCUCGUUUUGGGAUGUUGGCUUCUGCUGGUCAGACAGCAGGAUCAAUGUUAUCUGGAUUGCAGGAUACAUCCUCAUCCGUGGGUGUUAGUUCCUAUACCAGUUCAAGCCUAAGUUUUGCUAAUUUACGUGCCAAGGAUGCCUCUUCAAGCCAGGAAACUUCCUUGGGGUUUACUGAUCACAUGUUCUCUACUUCUUUGCCGAUGUCCAUCAAUACAAAAACCAGCCUUGGACAAGCAAUUGAUUCCCCAAAAAUCCUUGAUUCCCCAAGAAUGUCAUCUUUUAAUCGAAGAUUUUCUACUUAUGCAGAAAGAAUAAGCACUACAUCUACCUUGAGCGAUGGAGUGUCGCUUUCAGUUGGCUCACCUAAGAUUAAGAAAUCAGGAGCAGAAACCAGAGAAGAACUUCUAAAUAGCUUGCUGUUGAAGUCUGAUAUAUCUGCUCCAAUAGAAUCUGGCUCAUUACCACUGACAAGUGGAGUAAUCUCACAGCCGAAAGCAUCUCAGCCAGAUGCACAAGGAUCUUCAUUUACACUUCAGCUUUUUCAACGGACCCUUGAAGAAACUCUGGAUUCCUUUCAGAAAUCCAUACACGAGGAUAUGAGAAACCUUCAUAUUGAAAUUUUGAGACAGUUUCAUAUGCAAGAGACAGAAAUGUCAGCUGUAAUGAACUCUAUUCUCGAAAACCAAGCUGAGUUGAUGAAAGAAGUGAAGUCUCUUCGUCAGGAAAACCAGCAGCUCAGACAAAUGCUUUGAUGGGUGUGAAUAAGCUCUGCAACAAAUUUUUUUGGGAGGGUGCCUUUGUCCUAUCUUGUGGGAUCUUUUUGUUUCUUUUACAAACUAACAAUUGGUGUAUGGCCUGCUGUGUCAAUCUUGAUUGCGUCUCUUAGCUUUUAGUCGGUGGUGAUUGCAGAAAAAAUAUCAUGAGAGAAUUGCUUUGUAUUAGAAUAGGGCUUUGAAAAUGUACAGGAUGAUGAUUCUUCCAAUUACAGAAGCUUUGUUGAGUGAUCUAUUUCAUGUUUAAAAAAAACCUCUUCAUUCUCGUGAA